GCGGGCCGGGUGGUGACGUCACCAGGCCCCGCCCCCUUCCGGCACCGUCCUAGUGUCCCCCGGCGUUGUCACCCCCCUCGCCAGCGUCCCCUCCGAGUGUCGCGUGCUCAGAGUGUCCCCAAAGUGUCCCCAGAGCGUCCCCAGAGUGUCCCCAAGGCCAUGGAGGUCCCAGAGCUGUCCCCAUCCCUUCUGGAGUCGCUGGUGGCCGUGGUGGCCACCCUGGGCGAGCUGGUGGCCGCGGUGGCCGGGCCGGACGGGGACGCGCUGCUGCCAUCGUCCCCAAAUUCCCUGCACAAAGCCCUGGACUCCUUCAUCGGCCACCUCAUGGCCACCCUGGGCCACCUGGGUGUCACCUCCCCGGGCCACCACGGUGAUGUCACCCUGGGUGAGACCUUGGCCGCCUUUGGGGACACCCCGGGGCCCACCCGGGCCGAUGUGACGAGCGCGGCUGGCGCCUGGCGGGACUCGGUGGCCGCGCUCGGGGACAGGUGGCACCGGUUGGCCACCGAGGCCACCAAACUCCUGGAGGCCUGCGAGGACGCGGCCACCGCCGAGGCCACCGCCGCGGCCGCCGCCACCCAGCGCGCCGGGGACAGGAGGGACAAGGAGACAAAGUGGGUGACAAAUUUGGACAGCUUGGUGGCCAAAGCCAAGCGGCUGCUCGUUGUCACCGACGAGGAGAAGGGAGCCAAAGCUCUGCAGGAGCACCAGGCCACCGUGGAGGUGGCCAGCAGGGACACAGAGGUGGCCAGGAAGGACAUGGAGGACGCGGUGGUGGCCACCAACGAGGCGAUGGCGGCCACCAAGAGGGGCCGGCGGGCAGAGGUGGCACUGGGCCCGCUGAGGGCUUUGGUGGCCGCGUGUGACGAAGCCACCGCGGCGUUCCGGGAGCUGAGCCGCAGGGUCGGGGACAUCGCGGCCACCCUGGAGGAGUCACCCAAUGUCACCGAGGGGUUGGUGGCCGCGGUGGCCCAGGCGGAGCGGCUGUGGGAGGCCGGCGGCAGGCUGGCCACGCGUCACCUGGUGGGGACGCUUGGGGACAUCCGCAGGCUGCUCCCGAGAGGCCCUGGUGGCCCUGGUGGCCCCAGCGGCCGCACGGUGGCCGAGCGGUGCCAAAAAGCCAUCGAGGACAUCCCGAGGCUGCUGCGGGGACAGUGACGUCACCGCCGUGACGUCAUCGGUGACGUCACUGGGGGACAGCGGUGGUGUCACCUCCCCUGUGCGGGGUUUGGGGACAAAUCUGGGAAAAAUUUCGGGGAAUUUUGGAAGUGGGGUCUUGGAAGGGGAAAUGGGGAACUGGAACCGGAAGUGGGGGCCUGAAACCGGAAGUGGGGGCUUGGAACAGGAAAUGGGGACCUGGAACAGGAAAUGGAGAUCUGGAACAGGAAAUGGGGACCUGGAAGGGGAAAUGGGGACCUGGAACCGGAAGUGGGGAUCUGGAACAGAAAAUUGGGAUCUGGAACAGGAAAUGGGGACCUGGAAUGGGAAAUGGGGACCUGG